AGUGCUACCUACCCCUCCUCAGCAUGUGAUUCAUGCAAAAUGCAGCCACCUUAGUGCAGAUCUUUCUAGACAAAUCUACACUCAUGAUGGGGACAUGUUUAUCAUAUUACAUCGCAGUGUUUCUUCCACAAGAGGAAUGGUUCCUGAACAGGACGUAGCUCUUGUUAAUGAUGAGCAAAGCUCUCUGGGGCAUGAACCCGCUGAUCCCAUCAUCUUGUUCACGGCCAGUCUGUUGGAUGAAUGAUCACUGUGAAGAGAUUGUUUUCUGAAAGCUGCGUUGGAGGCUGUGACAGAGCUGAGAGCCUGUGUGGAGUGGAUGGAGAGGCUUUCUCAAUAACAUGGCCCUUUGCCAUUAGCCUUGCCAUGACCACAUUUUUCACCAGCGUCCCCCCCUGGAUUCAAGAUGCAAAGCAGGAGGAGGAAGUGGGCUGGAAACUAGUUCCCAGGCCUCGGGGCCGGGAGGCGGAGAGUCAAGUGAAGUGCCAAUGUGAAAUUUCGGGGACACCUUUCUCAAAUGGGGAGAAGCUGAGGCCUCACACCCUUCCGCAACCAGAGCAGAGACCAUAUAGCUGCCCUCAGCUGCACUGUGGCAAGGCUUUUGCUUCCAAAUACAAGCUGUAUAGGCACAUGGCCACCCACUCAGCCCAGAAACCCCACCAGUGUAUGUACUGUGAUAAGAUGUUUCACCGCAAGGACCAUCUGCGGAACCAUCUGCAGACCCAUGACCCUAACAAAGAGGCCCUCCACUGCUCUGAGUGCGGUAAGAAUUACAAUACGAAGCUGGGCUACCGGCGCCACCUGGCCAUGCAUGCUGCCAGCAGCGGUGACCUCAGCUGCAAGGUGUGCCUGCAGACCUUUGAGAGUACCCAGGCCCUGCUAGAGCACCUGAAGGCCCACUCACGCCGGGUAGCAGGCGGUGCCAAGGAGAAGAAGCACCCCUGUGACCACUGCGACCGGCGGUUCUAUACUCGUAAGGAUGUACGGCGGCACCUUGUGGUGCACACAGGCCGUAAGGACUUCCUGUGCCAGUACUGUGCCCAGCGGUUUGGCCGUAAGGACCACCUGACGCGUCAUGUCAAGAAGAGCCACUCGCAGGAGCUGCUCAAGAUCAAGACAGAGCCCGUGGACAUGUUAGGCCUACUCAGCUGCAGCUCCACAGUCAGUGUGAAGGAAGAGCUGAGCCCUGUGCUGUGCAUGGCCUCUCGGGACGUAAUGGGGACCAAGGCCUUCCCUGGCAUGUUGCCCAUGGGCAUGUAUGGUGCCCACAUCCCUACCAUGCCCAGCACGGGCAUGCCACACUCCUUGGUGCACAACACGCUGCCCAUGGGUAUGAGCUACCCUCUGGAAUCCUCACCUAUCUCUUCCCCAGCUCAGCUCCCUCCAAAAUACCAGCUUGGAUCUACCUCAUACUUGCCCGACAAAUUGCCCAAAGUGGAGGUGGAUAGUUUUCUGGCGGAGCUUCCUGGAAGCCUGUCUCUCUCAUCCGCUGAACCCCAGCCCGCCUCACCUCAGCCGGCGGCAGCUGCGGCCCUCCUAGAUGAAGCACUGCUUGCCAAGAGCCCCGCCAACCUCUCUGAGGCCCUCUGCGCUGCUAAUGUGGACUUCUCCCACCUACUGGGCUUUCUUCCACUCAACCUGCCCCCGUGUAACCCACCUGGGGCCACAGGAGGCCUGGUCAUGGGCUACUCCCAGGCCGAGGCACAGCCCCUGCUCACCACUUUGCAAGCUCAGCCUCAAGAUUCCCCAGGAGCUGGGGGACCACUGAACUUUGGGCCUCUGCACUCCUUGCCUCCUGUCUUCACGUCUGGCCUGAGUAGCACCACCCUGCCUCGUUUCCACCAAGCAUUCCAGUAGCCCCCACAGAGGCCCUCAGCUCAGUUUUUGGCUCUGUUAGGGAGCCUUAGUACCCACCCCAUCCGUGUCCCCCAUGAAGGCAGCUGAGCUUUCAGAGCUGGGUUCAAAAAAAAUUCCAGUGUCUGUAUGGAGCACUUGGUUUGGGGGUUCAGGCUCCAGGAUCAAUUCCAGAAGGAGCCUUGAGCCCCAACCCUGUGAAAAGAUCUCAUACCAUAGGACUUCAGGUAUUUUUUACUUUUAUUUUUUUGACCUGAAUCGGGAGCCACACUUAGCCCUCUGCCUCUCCAAAGCGCCAGAACCUCCUCCUCUUUGGAGAAUGGGGAGGCCUCUUGGAGACACAGAGGGUUUCACCUUGGAUGACCUCAAGAGAAAUUGCCCAAGAAGCCCGCCUUCUGGUCCCAACCUGCAGACCCCACAGCAGUCAGUUGGUCAGGCCCUGCUGUAGAAGGUCACUUGGCUCCAUAGCCUGCUUCCAACCAAUGGGCAGGAGAGAAGGCCUUUAUUUCCCACCCACCCAUGCAUCCUGUACCAGCACCUCCAUUUUCAGUCAGUGUUGUCCAGCAACGGUACCGUUUACACAGUCGCCUCAGACACACCAUUUCACCUCCCUUGCCAAGCUGUUAGCCUUAGAAUGAUUGCAGUGAACACUGUUUACACACCGUGAAUCCAUUCCCAUCAGUCCGUUCCAGUUGGCACCAGCCUGAACCAUUUGGUACCUGGUGUUAACUGGAGUCCUGUUUACAAGGCGGAGUCGGGUCUUGCUGACUUCUCUUCACUUGAGGUCACAUUUUUCCCCCGUGGGGAAAUAAACUGAGUUUGGACUGCUCCAGUCUCUGCCAUCUUCCAUGACUGCAUCUGUUCCUGCCUGCCUCGGCAGUGUCCACAGAAGACAGGCAAGAAGAUUGGAGCAGUUUUCUCACAGGUCUGCAAUUCUGUUUUUCUCCAAGUACAUUAUGACCCCCUCAUCCUUCUCUUGAACUGGAGAGGGGAAGAAAUGAAAGGCAUGCCCAUAUCCGUCACCUCCCCAUCCCUUAGUCCCCACCUUGAACAUCAUGAGCUGUUGUUACUAGUCUUGGAAGCAGAGUCUGGGUUGGUGUGGAUAGCGAAGGAGGAGGUCUGAGCCCUUCAUUUGUCUUCCUCCCACCUGUCCCUUUUCCAGGAAGUUGUGGAAUUGUUGGAAGAAGAGUUUGCAGAAAGGAAUGGGCAGAUUAGCUAAGGGAUAGCUAAUGGGCAGAUAUCUAUGGGUACAUUGUUGUGUCCCAAACCAAAAUUUUCCUUAUCCGCAAUGUCCCUUCUGUCUCUUCCACUUUACAGUGGACUCGGCCACUGUGCAUAGGCUUCUCUGCUGUCCGUCAAAUCACUUCUACUUCCUUGUGCCCCCGCCCCCGCCUCCAGUUUUCCCCCAGUAUCCAGCAAGGUUUCUUGCAACAAAUGAUCAGUUCUUCUCUUCUGACUUGUGGGGCUCCCUACCGCAGAGAGUACAGCCCUUGCCCAGAGCCCAGGAACCCCAUCCUUGCUUCAUCUCAGUUCUUCAUGGGCUUCACUCUUCCCACUCAUGGAAGGGAGGCAGCUCAGGGACCUCCAUUGUGGGACCCUUGAGACGCCUCCACUCUGAUUCAGAAACACACUUCUACCUCUUUACUGUUAACUCUUAACAGAUGCAGUCAGCAGUUUCUGGGCACUUCUCUCAGUAGGUGCCUCCUGCUGACUUCUCCACUAGGGUUUCAGGACAAACUACCAAGGAACUGCCUCAGCCUCCUACCAGUUCUCCCUCACCCAACUUCUGUCUAGGUUCACUUGGUUUGUCAUCAGGAACUGAGCAGGUCCAGGACUCAGGCUUCUGCUUCAGCCCAAGCCAGUACUCCUUGUUUGAGGUAAAAGCCUUAAAAUUUAGCUCCCUAGCCCUUGAUUGGAAGCAAUUUGGAAUAAGUGUGUUUCGAUUUAGGCAGGGUAGCUUGGGAUACUUUUUAAAAAACAAAACCAGAUAUUAAAAUGUCUGGCAAGGUUAGAAUCAGACUAGAUGAUUUGCUUCUAAAAAUUAGUUUCAGUGAGUCCCAGGGACUAAUUAAGGUUUAUUUUUAAAAGCGUCUACCUUGGUACGCAGCCACCUCCUGCAUGCUGUGCAUGUUAUUGGGACUUGUAUUACAGGCGAUAGUAUGUGAGAAUCCAGUUGGGACUCGCUGUUGCCAUCCUCCUUGUUGUAUCUGGUUUUCAUUACUAGACCCAGCAACCCUUCUCACCUUAACGGCCACCUUCCCUAGACCCUCAGUUUACAGAGGCCACUGAGCCUCUGGCUGCAGAAUACAAAGUCCUGGGCUGUUAGAGGAGUCCUUUCCUCUCUGCCUGCCCUUUCCUGUCCCUCCCUCGAAUUCUUUCUCCCCGUAAGUGAUGCUGGGAAAGUCAUAGGACUGGCAAAGCAACUGUUUAAACCCUUGUAACUGGGGCCUUGCCCCCACCCCCUGUCUUUUCUCCUUGCCUUCCCCAUUCCCGUGUCCUCCCAUCUAUCCUGUCUUUCCUUUUCUCCUCCCUUAGUGUCCUCAGCACCCACAAGGAAUUUUCCUAUCACUGUGAACUUUGCUGGUACAGAGGAAUGAUAUCUGCCUUCACCUUUUUUUUUUUUGGACCAUAGCUAGCCAGUCAUUUCUUAAACCUCCCUUCCUAAAAUCUAGGGGGUGGAGGGGAAAAGAAAAAAAAAAAAGCCUUAGUGGCCUGGUUGUUCAAAGGAUAAGAAUAGCUUUAUCCUAUACUCAGUACCCAAACUCACUUCAGUAUGCUUACUGAGGCCAUGAGAACCUGAGGGACAUCUGCCCAGGACACGAGCCAUGGCAUAUGGCAAAGACCAAUGAGGGACCAGGAAAAAAAGGGGUGAUGUCCCCUUUCCCUGCCACCUCCAGCCUCUGUCAGCAAUGGGCUGUCUCCCUCCCACUCUACACAGUAGCUGGUCAGGGCUGAGUGCAGCCCUGGGGGUAAGGGGAUGACAUGCCCAGGUGUCAGCUCAAAGGAUCUCUGCAUCAUCUUGAGGUGGGAGGCAGGGAAAGGAGCACCAAUGAGGUUGCCCCCUCCCCAACCUUUUACAAAUGGCAUUUUCUUAAUUGAAAUCCGGGAAGCAGGUGUGAUUACUUUUUUGCUCGUAGAUAUUGUCCUAAGUUGGAAUUCUCCCACUGCCCUAAAGCUUUCCCUAGUAGUCCUUUAAAUUCCCCCCUGCCUUUUUGGUAGCUGUUUUCUCCGUCCUCUCUCCACCUCCCCUCUUAUCUAGGAGCUGUUUGUAAGCACGAUUUUUUAACAGGUUAUAUUGUACAGGAUCAAUAUUUUACUUUUUAACAAGGAUAUUUAUGUAACAAGAAACUUUGCCUUAGGCAGGUGUUGGCCAGAAAAGUCCAGAUUCCUCUGGGACCCCACCCUGGCCUCUCCUGGAGCUGUGAACCUGCUGUGGAAGGAACUGGCCGUGGCCUUCGCCUCUGGAGAGUAGGGCCUGUGGUGAGGGAAGGGCGCUCAUUCACCAUGAUAGUCUUGUGCCUCCCUGGAGGGCUUGGAAACAUUCCAGGCCGACUUCUUUGUGUGCCGGCUGACUUCCUCAGCUCACGCUUCCCACGUGCACCUCUCCACCUCUGCAUAUUUGGCACUAGAACUCCUGAGACACCACUUCUCAUGCUUCUCCCUCCCUACCAGCGGUCAAGGCUUUGUAACUCCAGAUUAUUUAAAGAGAAAAAUACAAGACAGAAAUCUUCUAGCACUUUGUAAACACAGUGAAUAACCUCUUGGAGUAUUUUUGGCUUUAUAUAAAACAAGGUUUUUAAUUGUAAAGUAUAAGUGCCAUUAGAAAAUGCACAGGGCAUAUCUUUGUUAAAGUAGAUUUUUCAAUGUUUUACAGAAUUACAUUUUCAAAAAAAGGUUUUUAUAAUGAAGUUGUUUAUUAAAAACUUCUGAAUGAUGUG